AGUUGAUUUUGACGAGGCAUUGCGAUCACUUUUAUCACGCCAAUUUCUCUCACAUAGUUGUUCUUUUUUUCUGCCCGAACGUCAAUGAAACUUUAAUCUGCACAAAGUAAACCAAUAACAUCGGGAAUUGAUGGAAAAUUAUUUUAUACAUCCCCAUAUAGUCAUUUCACCUGUAAACGCUAUAUUUAUGAGAAGCACAUAAAAGUGUUCUGUCGCGCUUUUUUGCAAGUCUUUUUUUAUCGUAUUGUCGUGAGUGCGAAUGAAGAUGGAAAAAAGAGCCGUGGAUCGUUAUCAUUUAUCAUAUAAUCAAGCACAAUAAUAUGGCUCAUCAUUAAGCUCCAAAUUUAUUAUAGUAUCUGUUGACUGCUGUUUCAUUUAGUUCAUCGCGGUAGUUCGUGCUAAUUGUAUCUCCUGUGUUUCCCUCCACCUUAAAAAAUUGCGGACUAGGUGGUAUUUGCGGUAACUGUCGCUAAAGUGUCGUGAUUAAAAAGUCAUUCAGUCGGAAAUUCGCAUUGAAACUCUGGAAAAAUUCCAGGGGAUGCAAGUUGUGGUGCUCAAGGAAAAUUAGUUAAUCUUCUUUUUAUACCAUUUAGACUUAAUUAGCAACUACAUGCAAUAUGGUUGAAAUUAAUGCCUUUCUUGCGAGAGUUUUCAGACGAGUUCCAGCACGGCUAAAUAUUGGUUUUAUGCUCUUCCUGGGAUGUUUCAUUACAUACAUGGUUCGAGUGAAUAUGUCAAUCAAUAUACUUGCAAUGGUGGAAUCGCGGGAUAAUGAAACCCUUCCAGACUAUGGAGAUCGAUAUCCAUGGAAUGCUGAUCAGCAGGGCCUUUUGUUGGGAGCAUACUUUUGGGGUUAUCUAUUCACAUCAAUUCCUGGUGCUUACCUAGCUGAGUACUUUGGUCCGAAGAUCGUCACUGAGCUUGUUUUCAUUGGAUGCGCCGUGAUCACCGCUCUUAGUCCACUUGCAGCAUCAGGUGGAUUUGGAACAAUGUACGCGGCGAGAUUCCUCACUGGUAUCCUCUCAGGACCCCUCUAUCCAUGCUUCCACAAUCUAAUUUCCCGCUGGGCACCCCCGGAUGAGAAGGGAAAAUACGUUGCAAGUCUCCAAGGUGGCACAUUGGGGACAAUCUUUACGUGGCAGAUGAUUGGAUUUUUAGUUGAGGCAGUUGGAUGGGCUUGGGGUGGAUUCUACAUACCCACCAUCAUCAUCAUUGUAGCAACACUCAUUUGGUUCAUGCUUACUGCCGAUCGUCCGGAUACGCAUCCCAGAAUCACAGAAGAGGAACGCACGUACAUUGAAAAUAGCUUAGGAGACACCGUGUCCAAUGAAAAGAAAGUUCCUCCGUACCUGAAAUUGAUAAAAAGUGUGCCCUUUCUUUCGCUAAUGGUACUCCACUACGGUAAUCUCUGGGGUCUGUACUUUCUCCUUACGGCCACACCGAAAUUCAUGAGUGAAAUACUUGGAUUCAACAUGGGCUCAACGGGUGUCCUGUCGUCUCUGCCACAUAUUGCAAGGAUGCUCCUGAGUUUUGUAUUUGGAAGCAUUGGGGAUUUAAUUAAGAGACGCGGAUGGCUUCGAAUAACUGUGAUGAGAAAAUUCUUUUGUAUAUUCUCUCAUAUUGUCCCUGGGCUCUUUUUAAUUGGCCUCUGCUUCGUUCAUGAGCCAUACACAUGCGUUGCAUUGAUAACCCUCUCACUGGGCUUCAAUGGUGCCUCCGUGCUUACAAACUUGCAGAACAGCCAAGAUUUGGCGCCAAACUUUGCUGGGACACUCUAUGGCAUUAUGAAUGCAAUUGGAACAACAACUGGAUUUCUCACUCCUCUGCUCGUGGCAUAUUUUACACGUGAAGAGAAUACCUUUGAGAAUUGGCGGUAUGUUUUCAUGAUUGGUGCUGGAGCUUACAUUGCCCCAGCCAUAUUAUUCUUCUUCUUUGGCUCAGGCCAAGUUCAGCCGUGGAAUUCAAUUGAAAAACCCCCAAAAAGUGAGGAAGAUAGCAAAUAACACAUAAGAAAAAAAUCAAUCAACAAAGACAGGUGCGGAGAAUGAUUGUACUGUGAGAAUAAAUGGAAAAAACGUCCUACAGUAGAGAUAAAAUGAAUAUGUACCCAGAAAUAUCGCAUAGAUAUUGUAUAUUAGUUAAAAUAUUUGCAAUCACUGCGGUUUUGGAUUUUUUGUUCGGGAUUUCUUUAUGUUUUUAUUUCUUAGCCAAAAGGCAAAUAUACAAGUUGGAAUUUGUCUUGGGGCUAUGGAAAAAUACUCCGUGAAGAGUUGCUAACAUUUUUUAGCCAUCAAAAAUAUACAUUUCCCAUUAGAGAUUCCAACAAAAAAAAACACUUCCAGUGAGGAAUUAGACAGUCAAAUGUUUCAUUCAUUUCGCUAUUUUUAUUUCUUUUUUUUGCGAAAUAACAAAAAUAGCAUCAAUAAAAAGUGAUAACAGUAAUAGGUAGCUAUGAUAUGUUUACAUAUUACACUGAAUUAUUUGUACAUAUGUAUAUGAUAUAUUUACACUUUAUAUAUGUACAUACAUGUAUGUAUGGUGCAAUUAUGGAGUUUAUAAAAAUUAAAUGUUGAAAUCCAGAACCUUUCAAUGGGUCAUUCAACUCAAACGCGUUACACAUUUAAUAAAUAUGACAACUUUAUGAAAAAAUAUUGAAAGAAAAAAAUUAUUCUACAAAAUAUAUAAUAUCAAAAUUAAUUGCAUAACAUACUUUUUGAUCACCGAAUUUUAUUCUUUGAAAUCUUAACAAAUCAGAUUUAUAAAAUGUAAAUCAUUCAAAUGUUUUGUUAUAUUUUUUUACAAAUACAUAGAUUGCUUAUUUUUAUCAAUCUAUUGAUAAAACUAGAUAAGAAUAAUAAAAGAAUACAAAUAAAACCUCUAGUUUUAGAGCAAACCACUGUCUUUGAGAAAAGAAAUUUUUUAAUAAAGAGAAUUUCUUAAA